AUGGCCAAUGAACAUGUAUUUGUUGACUCGACUGUGGUUAAUAAAGAAGCACCUACAAACAAAGAUCCAAACGAUAUCAAGAUGAAGUUUCCACCUUCUAUUGAAGCUAAAGACUUGAUCUUGAAACCAACCGAUGGCAAAAAACCACGACGAUCGCCAAAUGCAUUCAUUAUUUAUCGAAAAUUAUUCGUUCAGACAGCGAGGGCAAAUGGAUAUAAAUUACAAAUGACGGAAAUAUCGAAGGCAGCAUCUAAAUCAUGGGAAAAUGAAGUAGUUUAUGUUAAAAAAUUUUAUAAACGACUUGCCAAAGAUGCAUAUAAAUAUCGAAGCGAGAUGUUUCCCAAAACUGAUCGAAAAAAAAAAAGACAACAAUGGAAUAUUGUUUCUUUUAAAUCGACGUCAGAAGAGCAAGAAUCUUAUAACGAUACAGAUUCUUCUACGUCAAAUCAGUCACCAAUGUUUUCGUCACCGAUGUCACAAAAAGAGGAAGUAUUCAAUCCUACUGAUGAUGAUCAUAUCAUUAAUAAUCAUCAUAUUAAUGAUCAUAUUAUCUUCAAUAAUUUAACUCAAGAUACUGAAAUAAAUACUUUUCCAUUUAAUAUUCAAUUAAAUACGUUCGAACCUUAUGCUGCAGCAGGCGCUGUCGAUUUACAACAGGCUUUAUCUAAUUUCGAUAUAAUAUGGAUCAACAGGUUUGCAACAUCAUUUGAGCUUAAAACCGAAAAAAUUAUCACUGUUGUGAUAGCUACUUUUGAUUGUAUCUUCGUUCUAGUCAACGUACUUGAUGACCAAUUUGUUAUUAGCCAUUAUUCCGAGCUGUUCUUUUUGGCAAACUGC